AACACAUUGUCGGCGUUGAUUUUAACAGGAAGCAUUUCUUUAUUUGAAAUGAGUAACCCUGACAACGGGAAUAGACCACCGCAACAGGGCGAUGGUGGCAGCAUUUGGAAUAAUUAUUUCGGACUGCUUCCGUACCUGGGACUAGCUGCAUAUAGAUAUUUCUGGGUAAAGCACACUGAAAGGGAAAUCGAGAAGAUCAAGGAAAAGUAUGAAAUGGAUCUGGUGAAAAAGGACCAGACUCUAAACAUGAAAGAUCAAGAACAGACAGUAUUAGUGGCUUUGAAAAAGGUGGAGCACAAGCUUAAAGAAAGACAGUAUGUCUAUUGUAGUCCCUUUGCAUUUCGUAAGAGGAGGUUGGAGAUAGAGGAUGACCUGCAUCAAAUGUCCAAAAAUCCCAUUUUUGCUCGUCUGAAUAUGGCAUAUGAGCUCAACGAUAUUUUUAGGAAUGACCACCAUUGUGCCCCUGAACGUUUCAACAGAAAUGAUGAGUUGAAUGGGAAACUCAUGUGGGUUUACAUGAACCAGUGGGAGAAGAAGCUCAUGCCAGAAAAAGCUGAAGCUGAUGUUCUUGGCAAUAUUAAAACAUUUUUUAAAAUGAAUCCUUAGAAAAUCCCAAAUAAUUUCAUAAUAUUUCUGUUUAACAAUCAAAUUAUGUUUAUGGGUGGGCUGAAGCUUGAGUAAACAAAUAAAUGUAAGGUUUAGUUAUGUGUACAAUUCUUACCACAAAUUUUACAAAUAUUUAGCUAUAUUAAUAAUUUACAAUAAGACAACCCAUUUGUGGGCCUUAAUUAUUACAAAUAAUACAAACAUCUGGUGUUUAGUUGCAGUAUUUGCAAUCAAUAGAGGGAUGAUCACUAUAAGGGUCAAUCACAUUUUUACACAUGGGCUAUGUAUACAUCAUUGGGGUUUAGGGAGUUAUAACUUUUCAUGAAUACCUGAAAUAUUAUUGUAUCAUUUUUUUUGUUUAUUAUAAAUUUCGUUGAUUAUUAAUAUUAUGUUCUUAUUAUGUAUGAAUUGUUUGUCACUUGGGGAUGUCAUUAAAACAUAUUAAGCUGA